CCGCGCUCCGUCAUUCAUUUAACCCGGACGUGAAGCCGCUCCAUAGAAAAAUAUCCGAUACGGUAAAACAACCUGCCUUCAAAAAAAGGUCUGGACCAGAAACUGUAUCUUAUCUUAUAAAUCAAAACCUGUAUGUGAACUCAACAUAAUCAUUGAAGCUGACCGAAAGAGAAUCGGCUGCAAUGUGAUGAUAGUGCCUGUCUGAUCAACAAUAGGUUGUAAUACUUACCAACUGGAUGACGCACUGAGCAUCUCCUCAACGUUCUCUCAGCGUUCCCCACAUGUUCUCCAGGUUACGCUGAACACCAGUGUGUGCCUGGAUCCUGGCGGCGGCUGUAAAAUAUACACGCGUGUGACCACGCAUUCGUCCUUGAGUGACCUCACGUGCGCUCUUCAAAGGGGCGCUUUUCUUCCGAAGACUGGUGUAGUGUCCCUACCCAAACCCGACGCUCCAAACUGGCGAUGUCCAGGGUGCCGAGUCCGCCCCCUCCUGCAGAAAUGUCCAGCGGCCCUGUGGCCGAAAGCUGGUGUUACACACAGAUCAAAGUGGUUAAGUUCUCCUAUAUGUGGACCAUUAACAACUUCAGCUUCUGUCGGGAGGAGAUGGGCGAGGUCAUCAAAAGCUCCACCUUCUCAUCGGGGGCUAAUGACAAACUCAAAUGGUGUUUGCGAGUGAAUCCAAAAGGUCUGGAUGAGGAGAGUAAAGAUUAUCUGUCGCUUUAUCUGCUUCUGGUCAGCUGUCCUAAAAGUGAGGUUCGAGCCAAGUUUAAGUUCUCCAUACUUAACGCCAAGGGCGAGGAAACCAAAGCCAUGGAGAGUCAGCGGGCCUAUCGCUUCGUACAGGGAAAAGACUGGGGUUUCAAGAAGUUCAUAAGGCGGGACUUUCUCCUAGAUGAGGCCAAUGGACUCUUACCCGAUGAUAAACUGACACUCUUUUGUGAGGUGAGCGUGGUGCAGGACUCUGUGAACAUCUCCGGUCAGAACACAAUGAACAUGGUGAAGGUUCCAGAUUGCCGACUGGCGGAUGAACUGGGCGGAUUGUGGGAACAUUCCCGAUUCACAGACUGCUCACUGUGUGUUGCCGGGCAGGAGUUUCAGGCACACAAAGCCAUACUGGCAGCACGUUCCCCAGUUUUCAGUGCCAUGUUUGAACAUGAAAUGGAGGAGAGUAAAAAGAAUCGAGUAGAGAUAAACGAUGUGGAGGCUGAGGUCUUUAAAGAGAUGAUGUUCUUCAUCUACACUGGCAAAGCACCCAACCUGGACAAGAUGGCCGACGACCUGCUCGCUGCCGCUGACAAAUAUGCUCUGGAGCGGCUGAAGGUGAUGUGUGAGGACGCUCUGUGCACCAGUCUAUCAGUGGAAAACGCAGCAGAGAUUCUAAUCUUGGCCGACCUGCACAGCGCCGACCAGCUUAAGACGCAGGCCGUCGACUUCAUUAACUACCAUGCAUCCGACGUAAUGGAGACCUCAGGAUGGAAGUCCAUGGUUGCGUCUCACCCUCACCUGGUUGCCGAGGCGUACCGCUCGCUGGCCUCCGCCCAGUGCCCUUUCCUGGGUCCACCCCGCAAACGCCUCAAACAGUCUUAGUGCCGUCCCCUGGCAUUACCUUAUACACGUACACGCACUCACACGACUGCCUACAAGGGGGCGCUAUUUUAGAUUUACAUCCCCCAAGCUCUGACCCUUUAGAUGCCUAAACCAGCUGUUGAUCUGCCCCCCCUUCACGUUAUCUAGACAGACCACCCUCCAGAGUGCCAGUGACUGCCCGGUAUUGCUGCCCCAUAGAUGGUUUAAUCAACAUUGGGGGAAUGUGGAUGGUGUAGCUGGGGGAACCUUUUCCAAAACCUCAAUGCGGCUGUCUGUCUAGGAGAUAAAUGGAUGUUGUUUGGGUGUAGUAUGGACCUCAAGUUGGAUUGAUGGAUCGAGGUUGAGAAACAGGACUGAAGUGUUUGGUGGGGAUGUUAAACAUAUGAAGUGGAUUGUGGAUGUGAAAAUUUGACAUGACUCCUCCCACUGGCGCUACCAUGUGCUGUCCUUCACUGUGUGAAUCGGUUCGUCGUACCUGCUCAUCCAUUCUUCAAAGGUUAAUAGACAUUCCUCUUAACGUUCACGGACGGAGGGAUUUUUACGGACUGUUUUGUUGACAGGAAUAAAGGACAAACUUUUUAAGGGGUAGCAUGUGUCCUCUAUGACAUCAGCAUUUAGUAGAUUCCUGUGUGACUCGAGAAAACCGAAAGGAGAGAACUUUGAUCUGUGUCCCAAGAGAUGUCUUGGGUUACGAAUGGACUUGCUGUGGUUCGGUCUUCUUUCACAGGUGAAAAAAAAUGGACAAAUCCGGUGAGGAGUGUAAACAUGUGGAAAUGCUUAUGGAUCUUUUAUUUUUAUUUUCCUUGUGAUGUUUAUUUGAGAUUUUUUCCUCCUUGUAGCACUUGUGUAUUUGAAUCCAGGCUUUCUGUAUGGAGAAAAAACAAGAAAAACAAACUUG